CUCCGAAGUGCAUAUGUCCCUCCGACGAGUGUCGAAUUUGCGAAGCUUUUAGGGAGCUCCGACGGCGAAUCCAUUCCACCAUCACCACCACCACCAUCAGAGCAUGUGUAGAGAGUGUAUUGAAAUCGUUGCUGAUAUCGCGCGCUUGAGCUCGCCAUGGCCGUGUUGCCGAAACUCCUCGUGUUUGUGUGGGUCUCCACGAUCGCGCUUUCCGUUUUGGCGUUCCAACAGACGCAGCCCGAGUUGCCGAUUGUGAUAAGUACAUGGGCGUUCGUGGAUGCGGUCAGGGCAGCAGCGCAGCACGUGAUUAAGGAAGGGGGCUCAGCUGUGAACGCAGUGGUCCGUGGAUGUACUGUUUGUGAGGUUUUGCAGUGCGAUGGAUCAGUGGGAUAUGGCGGAAGUCCUGACGAGGCUGGAGAGACCACUUUGGAUGCCAUGGUCAUGGAUGGGACAGCCAUGGACGUAGGUGCUGUGGGAGCAUUGCGAUCGGUGAAAAGAGCAAUUGAAACAGCACGGUUGGUAAUGGAGCAUACAGAGCAUACUUUGCUGGUUGGAAGUCAGGCGUCAGCGUUUUCUCUCUCGCUUGGGCUUCCCGGCCCAACCAAUCUUAGCACGGACGAUUCGUUACAGGCCUGGUCACAAUGGGAGAAGGGUGGAUGCCAGCCAAAUUUCUGGCGAGACGUAAUUCCUGACAGUACUUCCGCAUGUGGACCUUAUAAAGUUUCUGCUCUUAUGAGUGGACAAGGUGAUCGCAGCAGGGUUGGUGGUGGGAUUAGCGGUAAACAUCGCAAGUCUUCAUUUAGCAAAGCUACUGGUUACGGCAACCACGACACAAUUUCGAUGGCUGUCAUCGACCGUGUGAGGAUUUUUUUCAACUUCGUAUUUAUCGAAUGCUCGGAUGCAUGCUGUGGUCUUAUCCUCCAUCAAGUGUCUGUAGAUUCAGAUGCUUGCUUUGACGAUUUAUUGCCACAACCGUCCAAACUCGUUGCAUACUGCUUUUCAAGACAUAGACAUCUCCCAGACUUAGUUGGAGAUGGUGCUAUUGUCGGCGCUUCAGCCUAUGCUGACGAUGAUGUUGGCGCCUGUGGGGCUACUGGUGAUGGAGAUGUUAUGAUGCGUUUUCUACCCUGUUAUCAGGUGGUGGAGAGCAUGCGCCAAGGUAUGACUCCAGAAGAAGCUGCAAAAGAUUCAAUUGCUAGAAUACGCCGUAAAUUCCCAGCAUUUAUAGGAGCUGUCUUUGCCAUGAACAAGUAUGGUGUGCACGCUGGUGCUUGCCAUGGGUGGAUAUUUCAGUACACAGUGCAAGAUUCAGCCAUGGCUGAUGCAGUAGUAUUCACUGUUAAGCCUGACGUCCUCUGAAUACGUCGGAUCUAUUGAACAUCGUAUCAUCUCUUGAUGUUUGAAUCCCAUUCUCCUACCUUGCUCCUUUAAUAGACUUGUUUUUCUUUCCGCUUCCCUUGGACUAAAGAAGAUUCUUUUACUGAUAGAGCCUUUAUCAUUCAAUUCUUUCAAUGUUGAAAUGUUCCCAAACAUUCCAAUUGUUGAAUACACAAAUGUGUUUUACUUCAA